AUGAAUUCGUUAACCUUUAUUUUCAAAAAUCGAGCAUUACUUUUAUUAGUUUCAUUUUUACUUUUUAUAUAUGUGUUAUUUAAUAGUAGCAAUGUAGACAAUGACGAGUACGAUGAUAUUAAUAGCGAUAAGGUUAAUACAACUAAACGACGACCUAAUGAUAAUUUUAUUGUCAAGGUAGAAAAAAUUGAAAAAAAUUGCGGAAAUUGGAAAAAUAUUAUGGUAACAGAUUGUCUAAGAUAUCUUGAUAAACAUGAAUCAGAUUAUAUUGUACCAUAUAAUACGAUCGAUUGCGGAUUAAAACCACCAUCGUGUAUAUGUGAUAUUGAUGUUGGUGAUUUUGUCUAUGAUAGUGGGGAGAAUACGAAUGUGACUGAAAGAGAUGAAGGAGUGAUAGCAGAAGAACUGGAACAGCAAAACUCAUUGUCACCAAAAAUUAUGAUUUUUCAUGUAUAUUGGAAAGGAAUAAUAACUGAUAAACUUGCAUUAAUGAUGAAAUCAUUUAUAUAUACUCAACCACUCGACUGUGCUAAACUUUAUGUCUGGAUAGAGAAUCUCAAGGAAAAUUAUAAAGAAAAUGCGAAUAUGAAAUUAUUAAAAAAAUUUAUUCCAAAACACAUUGAAUUGAGAAAUUGGAACACCAAUGAACAACUUUCAUCAAUUGAUUUAUUUAACGGAUGGGAUAAAAUAUUUUCCGGCGAGGGAACUGUUUCAUUUAGUGAUUUGGUUAGGUUUGCUUUGCUUUAUAAAUAUGGUGGCAUAUAUGUAGAUGCAGACGUAUUAUUAUUACGUGACAUGCGACCAUUUUAUUAUUCAAAUUUUGAAUUUUCUUAUCAUUGGAGCUACAAAGAUGAAUAUAACACUGCCAUACUACGAUUAUGGAAAAACUCAGAUACUGCAGCAUUGGUGAUAAAAGGUGCAAUGAUUAAUGGUUUGGAUUUUCAUCCGUAUAGGAUCAAAAAUUAUUUAUCAGAAGGAAAAACUGAUGACAGCAUGGCUUUGAAAGAAGCCAAUAAAAAACUUUAUAUGUUACCGGUCGGAUUAUUUGAUCCUUUGCGGUUGAAGCAUGAUUUAAAACAAAUAGAUUCAAUAUUAUCACCAAAUCUUUUCAGCACGAGUCAAAUGUUUGAGGCCGAUUUGGUUGAAAAUGAAUUUCCCGAUGCCAAUCUAACAACUCCAACUUCACCUUUGGUGCUUCGUGAUAUAGAUUAUUUCUUUCGUGGUGCUUAUGCUUAUCAUUGGCAUAAUCAUUGGAAGAAGGAAAUUCCAUUUUCAUCUUGGAUUGGUGUAAUACAGACGGCUUAUAAUCAAUUUAUAGAAGGAAAGAGAAGUAAUUUAUACAAUGAAUUAUUGUAA